GCUUGGAGCAGGGUCAGCCAGCCAGAGCAGGGCUCAGAUGCUAACAUGCCAGGAGAGUGGGGCUGGCUCCCUCUGGCCCGUGAGCCCACCUUGCCCGGAAUUGCUUCUCUCUGAACUCUCCCUCAGGUCCAACCUUGUCUGGACUGGAAACGAGAAAGCUGGAGGAAGGGGAGGUGGAGGUCUACCAAAGGCGGACAUCCCACAGGAUAAGCUCUCACCAACCUAGACCUAGCGGAGGGGAAGAACGGGGAGCUUUUGUUUGCAUCUUCCUGAUGACCACAGCCUGCCCUUCAAGUCUCAGUGCUUGCUGCUGACCAUUGCCCCACCUGGCCUGGUAGCUGGGACGCGGAGACAACAGCCCACACACCAUGUUUGGGAAGAAGAAGAAGAGGCUGGAGAUCUCGGCCCCCUCCAACUUCGAACACCGCGUGCACACGGGCUUUGACCAACAGGAGCAGAAGUUCACCGGGCUCCCUCGGCAAUGGCAGGGGCUCAUUGAGGAGUCAGCCAGGCGGCCCAAGCCCCUCAUCGACCCUGCCUGCAUCACCGCCAUCCAGCAUGGAGCCCCUAAGACCAUCGUUCGGGGGAGCAAGGGCUCGAAGGAUGGGGCCCUCACGCUGCUGUUGGAUGAGUUUGAGAACAUGUCCGUGACCCGCUCCAACUCCCUUCGGCGGGAUAGCCCUCCCCCGCCCCUGCUGGGUCCUCCAGCCCCACACCAUGCUCCACCUCACCAAGAGAAUGGGCUGACUGAGGCUGAGGGGACAGGGGGUCAUACCUGGGCCCAGGAGAAGGGACACCCACAGUCUGGGGGCAGGGGUCCCACAGAGGGUCGGAGUCGAGCAACUGGGCACAGGGACCAUGGUGGUGGCAGCGAGGCUAAGCGGGACGGGACGGAGAAGAGGCCCAAGUCAUCAGGGGAGGGAGCUUCAGGCCACCCAGGGAGCCCCCAGCAACCCCGGGACAAACGACCCCUGUCGGGGCCUGACGUCCGGACCCCACGGCCCCCAGGUCCAGGAAGUGGGGCGAAGUCAUCGGCCAGCAGGCCGUUUAAUACGUACCCGCGUGCUGACUCGGACCACCCCCCAAGGGGCACAGGGCCCCAGGGAGAGCCCCAUAAUCCUGCCCCUAAUGGUCCCUCCCCCGGAGGCCUCCCUCCACACUCCUCCGCCAAGCCACUGCCCCGUGCUGCCCGGGGCCCAGAGCCUGCCCCUGCCCCGGGGACCCUGAUCCCCCAUGCUUCAGAACCCCAGCUGGCCUCUCGUGCGCUCCCCCCUCCUUCAACCCAGCCGGCCAUGCCCCCAUGUGGAUUCUACUCGCCCCAGAGGGAGCCCCAGAGGGUGUCCCAUGAACAGUUCCGAGCUGCGUUGCAGCUUGUAGUGGACCCAGGUGACCCCCGGUCCUACCUGGACAACUUUAUCAAGAUUGGCGAGGGCUCCACGGGCAUCGUGUGUAUCGCCACAAUCCGAAGCAGCGGUAAGCUGGUUGCUGUGAAGAAGAUGGAUCUUCGGAAGCAGCAGCGGCGGGAGCUGCUCUUCAAUGAGGUGGUCAUCAUGCGGGAUUACCAGCAUGAAAAUGUGGUAGAGAUGUACAACAGCUACCUGGUUGGGGAUGAGCUCUGGGUGGUCAUGGAGUUCCUGGAAGGGGGUGCCCUCACGGACAUCGUCACCCACACCAGGAUGAAUGAAGAACAGAUUGCCGCUGUGUGCCUCGCUGUCCUGAAAGCUUUGUCUGUGCUCCAUGCCCAGGGCGUGAUCCACCGGGACAUCAAAAGCGACUCAAUCCUGCUGACCCAUGAUGGGCGGGUGAAGCUCUCUGACUUUGGCUUCUGCGCCCAGGUGAACAAGGAGGUGCCCAGGAGGAAGUCCCUGGUGGGCACUCCCUACUGGAUGGCUCCCGAGCUCAUCUCCCGCCUACCCUAUGGGCCUGAGGUGGACAUAUGGUCCCUUGGAGUGAUGGUCAUUGAGAUGGUAGAUGGGGAGCCCCCGUAUUUCAACGAGCCGCCGUUGAAAGCUAUGAAGAUGAUCCGGGACAACCUUCCCCCCAAGCUGAAAAACCUGCACAAGGUUUCCCCCUCCCUGAAGGGCUUCCUGGAUCGCCUGCUGGUGCGGGACCCGGCGCAGAGAGCCACGGCCAGUGAACUGUUGAAGCACCCCUUCCUGGGCAAGGCGGGCCCACCGGCCAGCAUCGUCCCCCUCAUGCGUCAGAAUCGCAUGAGAUGAGACUGGACUCCCCCGGCCCUUCCCCUAACCAAAGAAUCGCCUCAGAGGGAGGUGCCCCCAGCCUGGGAGACAGACUUCUCCACACCGAAAGCAGGGGAGAAGAUCGAGGGGUGACCCCACCCCCUGGCUUCCCCUCUCACAAUUGCUAGAUGCCUCCUGACAGGUGGACCCCUAACUGGAUGGACUUGGCCUGGUCUUUCCAUGGCCCCUUCAGACCCUUCUGGGGAACUCAACUACUGAGUUUCAGUUUUGAUUUUUUGAUGUUUUUAAGUAAUGACUUGGGAGCAAGGGCUUCAAGGCUCUCCUUUGGGAGUGGAGACCCCAUCCCCCCCCUGCCUCCAUUCAGGGGCCGGUUGGCUUGACACUGGAAAUCUGCAGGCCAGGAGAGUAUUCCCCUGGCCCAGGCAGAGAGUUGCUGAAGCUCCUGGGAGCUCAUCCUUCAGGAGCAGUCUGUUUGGGGUGGGCCAUGUGUGGACAGAAGAACCACGCAGCCCUUAGCUCUGGCACUGUCUUCCGUGCGUGGGCUGUCUCUGUCAGAGCGUGUGUUUUUUGGGUCACCGCGUUGUGUGUCUGUACAUGUUUGCAACGGAUGCUUGGACUUGCCUGUGUCUCUGGGGCUUUUGUGUGUGUGCAUGUCUGGCUGACUGGUGUGAACCUAUGUUGACAUACUCAAUGCGUGGAAAGCUGUUUCCUUUUCCCACCUCCAAGCCAGUUGGAAGGCCGAUGGGGAAUGUCUGCCUGCCUCUCCCUCUGCUGAUGUCUGAUGACUGGCAGGUUCGGGGAGCCUCUCUCUUCUGGCCUCUGCUGAGAAUACUACUGUGCUCCUAUGGGACCCUCUUUUUAAAAAAAAGAGCUAUUUAUAUUGUCAUUUCAUAACAACCCACGGCCCUGGGCCCCAUAAGGGGGGUCCUCCAGGAGCCGGGGCCCAGGAUUUGGGAAGCCAUGCUGCAGGCCUGGACCCCCAGUUAGUUUUACAAGUAAAAUAUUUUCCUUCAUUUCUGA